CACUUGACUCUAGUGUCGAAGCCCGGUGCGCCAGUGUGUAACGCUAGAGGCUGGAAGGAGGCAGCUGUUGCCAUUAUUUUACCAGCCAGCUCAGACACAUCAGCGGCUUCAUCCUCCCUAAAGAAAAAAAAAAAAAGAAGAAGAAGAAGAGGAAGAAGAAGAUGAGUCAGUCGACACCUUCAUAAACCCUCCAAGCUGAAAAUAGAUUCAAAAAAGUUAAAUCAAUGGUACAGAAAAGUAGUAUGUCCAGGACGCCUUCGACCUCAACCCAGGAGAUCCAAAUGGACAUGUUCGACCAUCAUCCACACACACAGGGCAAAUACGGCAAGAGGAAGAGCCGAUUUAAGCGCUCGGAUGGAAGCACCUCCUCUGACACCACCUCAAACAGCUUUGUCCGACAGGGCUCUGCAGACUCCUACACCAGCCGGCCAUCGGACUCGGACGUGUCCCUGGAGGAGGACCCCGAGGCCCUGAGGAAAGAGGCCGACAGACAGGCCCUCGCCACGCUUGAGAAGGCAAAGACAAAACCGGUGGCAUUCGCUGUGCGGACAAAUGUUGGCUACAACCCCGGUCCCAGUGAUGAGGUUCCUGUGCAGGGCAUGGCCAUAUCCUUCGAAGCCAAAGACUUCUUGCACAUUAAAGAGAAAUACAACAAUGACUGGUGGAUCGGACGCCUGGUGAAGGAGGGCUGUGAGGUCGGCUUCAUCCCCAGUCCGGUCAAACUGGAGAACACCCGUCUGCUGCAUGAGCAGAAGAUGAGACAAAACCGGCUCAGCUCCAGUAAAUCUGGAGGAAGCUCCAGUUUGGACGUUGCCACGGGAACCCGCAGGCCCACCCCACCUGGCACAGCUCACUUGGACAUGUCCACUGUGGCCUUUGACGUUGACCCGCUCGACCUGGAGGCCGAGGAGCCCCCUGAGUCCCAGGGUGACCCUCGCUCCACCAAGGGCAUGUCAGGCAGCGUAUCGUCCCCUCAGGCCAACGCCCACCGACUGCCUUUCUUUAAGAAGAUGGAGCACGUUCCGCCCUACGACGUGGUUCCCUCCAUGAGACCCAUCAUCCUGGUCGGUCCGUCACUUAAAGGAUAUGAGGUGACAGACAUGAUGCAGAAAGCACUCUUUGACUUUCUGAAACACAAGUUUGAGGGCAGGAUAUCCAUCACACGGGUGACAGCGGACAUCUCCCUGGCCAAACGUUCAGUCCUCAACAACCCCAGCAAACACACCAUCAUUGAGCGCUCGAGUACCCGCUCCAGCCUGGCGGAGGUGCAGAGUGAGAUAGAGCGCAUCUUUGAGCUGGCACGCACCCUCCAGCUGGUUGCUCUGGAUGCAGACACCAUCAACCACCCUUCCCAGCUGGCCAAGACCUCCCUCGCUCCCAUCAUUGUCUAUAUCAAAAUAGCCUCACCCAAGGUCCUCCAGAGGCUCAUCAAAUCCAGGGGGAAGUCCCAGGCUAAACACUUAAAUGUGCAGAUGGUGGCUGCGGACAAGCUGGCCCAGUGCCCACCUGAAUUGUUCGACAUCAUCCUGGACGAGAACCAGUUGGAGGACGCCUGCGAACACCUGGCCGACUACCUGGAGGCGUACUGGAAGGCGACGCACCCCCCGAGCAGCAACCCCCCCAACCCUCUGCUCAACCGCACCAUGGCAACAGCGGCCCUGGCCGCCUCCCCCGAGCCCGUCUCCAACCUGCAGGGGCCGUACCUGGUGCACGGUGAGCAGAAGCUGGAAGGGACAGAGUGUGGCGGCAGCGGCGCCCUGCAUGACUAUCAGACAGACACGGGAGGAAAAGCUCAGCAGCAGCAGCAGCAGCCGCAGCAGCAGCAGCAGCAAGCGUACCUGCGCUCCUCCCGCGGCCAGCUGAGGGGAGGAAGCGGCCGCGGGCUGUCGAGGCAAGACACCUUUGACUCUGAGACCCAGGGCAGCCGGGACUCCGCGUACACCGAGGCCGGCGACUCCUGCAUGGACAUUGAGACCGACCCCUACGAGGAGCCCGAGCCGUACCGGGGUGGCGGGGGCAGCCGCCUCCACCUGGCGCAGCAUCACGGCAGACAGGCCUCCUGGGAGGAUGAGGGCGCCGAGCCGGACCAGGAGAACCUGAACCACCCUGCGGCGCCGAGCCAGACGCAGGGGCACGGACGCGCCAAGCUGAGGGAGCGCUACUGCCAGGACCCCGUGGACAGCGGGGCCAACAUGAGCCGCAACAAGAACCAGGACGACUGGGGGAGGGACGUCUACAUCCGCUGAUCUCACCACUUAAGGGAGGAAGCUACCGACAGAUAGAUGAGGGGAGUAGGGGGGGGGGGGGUGCAACCUUAGGGUUCAGGGUCAGAAGGAACAGAAAUGUGGGUUUGGGGCCACGCCAGUCCGGCUAACAAGUGAAUCUGUUUACAUCCCAGUACAAUCUAUAGAAAAAACAUCGACUGCCAGAUGCCAUUCUCGUCAACUUCAAAUUAGUUUAGUUAUGUUUAGAAAAAAUACUAUUGGUCUGUUUUUGUUUUCCUUUACUAAUACUGCAUGAAUAUCAUGGAUUUCUAUACUGACAGCACGAGGACAGUAAUUGUUACGAUUGUGAAUCUCUGAUUGUGAUCCGUAUGACUCGACCUUUCCUCCAGUUGUAGAGCGCGAAGGCCGGUAGAGCCGUAGUCCGUCCUGUCCGUCCUCUGCAGUCUUAAACAGGGUCUAAUGUCACCGUCCCAGUGUACAGUGUCAGGGUUUCUCUUUACCUUAAUCUCACUCCGUGCUCUUGGAAAUCUCUCUUGUACUGAGAUCCAGAAGUUCUGAGUCUCUCGCCUCCACAUUCUAAUCACCCAGACCUUAAAAAAAAAAAAAAAAAAAAAAAAAAAGCUAGUAGAGAAGCUGCCAUAUUUUAAACACAACAAUUUAUCGAUGUUGCUACGUUAUGUCGGCUUGAUAACAACGAACAGUACACUCCAAAGACGUUUACUUCUUCCCUGACCCGGUUCAGCCACUGUACCCGACUCACACGUUUGACCCAGUCCUCCCGUUUCCGUUUGCCCCCCCCCUCCUCCCCCCGCGGUAACCAUUCGUUGGGUUUCUUUUUGUCUCACGUCGGUGGCGACUCAAAGCAGCACCGCAGUCGCAGUCGCGUGAAUGAAGCCUCCCGCCUUGGCCACUCGCAACGCGUUUUUAUUUCCAGAAAACUCCAAAUCACAAGUGCCGGGGAAUGUCUCGCCAAGCCAUGUCCACCACUGCCACGGUGGGAUGUCUUAACCCGCAUCGCGCUCGUCUCCACGCCACGCCCGUGUGUCUCUCUCUUAUCUCCGUGUCGCUCAUGGCUACCCUGCACCGUAGCCAAUGCUGUCGCUCCAGCACGUAGCUCAUGUUGUUUUUCUUUGCACCAGCUUUGUUGUCGGUUUUUCAGGGCUAAUGGUUAUAAAAAGUACUUGUGUGUGUGUGUGGGGGGUGUGUGUGUGUGUGUGUGUGUGUGCGUGUGGUUAAUCACUCCAAACUUCCACCCCAAACAGCUCGCUUGUCUGAUAUUAAAUACCACUCUCUUCUUACACUUGAUUUCUGACUGAAUUGGUGUUUUUUUCCUGUGUACAUUUGCAACUUUUUUUUUUUUUUUUCUUUUAAUUUUAAAUCUUCAGUUCUUGUGAGGUAGUGAGAGGAGUAUAAAGUGUGGGGGAGGGGGGUUUAGGAUCAGCUGUGGUCAUUACUCAGUUAUCUAUAAUGGAGAAUCCAUGAAUGUCUUCGGUGGGCUGCUUUUUCCCGCCUGUCUUCAGUUGAAUAAAUACAUAUUAAAUAAUGAUCAGUAAAUAAUGUUAUUGUUGCGUUAUCGCAAUUGUUAAAAAUAUGAAAUAACAUGUAUCAUUGGUGCCUGAUUGUAGCUACGUUUUGCUUUUUCUGCCUUUCCUUUUUAAUCUGUGGAUAAAUUCGUAUUUUAAUUAAAAAUAUAAUCAAAAAAUGCAGUUAUGUCAUUUAAUUAAUGCAAUGAGAUGGGAAAAGAUGCUAAAUCUGUUCAUCUUUAUAUUUAUUUGAGGUGUUUCCUUUUGUGUCUUGGCUGGAUUUAAGUUCAUUUAAUUCACUUAAUUCAUUUAAUUAUGUUUUUCAAAAGAUGUCACACAAUUCCACGACACCACCAGUUUAGAUGCUGUGAUGUGACCUUAACAAAUGCCGCAUUGUU